UUUAAUUACACGAAUUAAUCAGAAGAUAAACUAAGACAAGAUAGUACUUGGGUAUAUAUAUAUAUGUAUGUCGUGGUUGGCAAAAACAGUCAGCUUUAGAACCAUGCGUGUCGCUGUAUUGAUACUUGGAGUGGUAGUGGCUGUGUCGGCCUUGCCCAGGACCGAACCCCCCAGCCAAAGGAUCGUGGGAGGCUCUGUGACCACCAUCGAGAACUAUCCCUACCAAGCGGCUCUGUUGUCGACAAACGACUUCAACUGGUAUGGCCAAAUCUGCGGCGCCACCAUCCUGAACAACCGAUCUGUGCUGACCGCCGCUCACUGCUACUGGUACUUCACCGCUGCUAACCGUUUCCGCGUCCGUGUUGGUUCCACCUUCGCCAACAGCGGUGGCGUCGUCCACGCUGUCUCCCAGAACAUUCUCCACCCCAGCUUCAACCGCAACACCCUGGACAACGACAUCGCCAUCGUCCGCCUGUCGUCCACCAUUGUCUUCAACAACCAGGCUCGUGCGGGCUCCAUCGCUGGCGCUAACUACAAUGUCGCCGAUAACCAGGCUGUCUGGGCUGUCGGAUGGGGUACCACUUCGUCUGGAGGUUUUGCUUCUGAGCAACUUCGUCACGUCCAAAUCUGGACUGUAAACCAGGCAACCUGCGUGGCUCGCUACAACGAGCUCCGCAAGGUGGUCACCAAUAACAUGUUGUGCUCUGGCUGGCUCGACGUCGGCGGUCGCGACCAGUGCCUGGGUGACUCUGGCGGCCCCCUCAUCCACAACGGAGUCGUCAUCGGUGUGUGCUCUUGGGGAGAACAGUGUGCCCUUCCCAGGUAUCCUGGCGUUAACGCUAGGGUGUCGAGUUACACUUCCUGGAUCCAGUCCAAUGCUUAAGCGGAUAUUGUCCUUUUUAAACCCGAUUCUGAUUGUGUUCUCAUCUUAACCAAUGAAUAAAGAAAUACUACAUAA